AUGGAGUAUCCUCCGCAAUAUCAACAGCCUCACGGGCAACAUCCUCAUGCUUCUUCUCACAUCCCUGGGCCCUACCAACCCGCCGCUCCUAAUGCCGGUGCACCUGCACCCAUGCAAUCAACUCAUUCCGCUCACCAAAGUUCUCCCAUCGUUCCUUCGCAGCAACAUUACCAGCAACCCCAGAACGGACAGAUGAAUUUCCCUCAGGGUUAUGGUGUGACUGCCCCUAUGCCACAGGCCCCAUAUGGCCUAUCAUCAGCACAAGCUGCCGCCAUGGCGACAGCAGCCGCUUCCGGUCAAUUCUAUCCCAUCCAACAUGACGGUAUGGGAGGGCAGAUGCCGCAGGGCUCGCGGGCCUCCCCUCGAAUGGCUGGUGUUCCAAUGAAGCAGGAUAGGAACCCUCGUUCUCCACACCAGAUGCCCGGCCAAAUGCCCCCGAUGGGCUCCCAGGUCCCCAUGCAGCCAAAUUCUCAGAUCCCGCCUCGGCGAAUGAGCCACGUCGGUAGUCCCGGUGUGCAAAAUGCGCAGCCUGUGAUGAGCCAUGUCAGUCGCCAAGCUGUUCCUGCCCAGAUGGCUGGACCUCCCCAGGCCGCAGUCCAGCAAAGCCAACCUUCACCUGAACUUGUUACUGGCAGCAACCAAGAAGAAUCCCCUCUUUACGUCAACGCGAAGCAAUUUCACCGAAUCCUGAAGCGUCGCGUUGCGCGUCAGAAAUUGGAGGAGCAGCUUCGUCUGACAUCAAAAGGCCGCAAACCAUACCUUCACGAAUCUCGGCACAACCACGCUAUGCGUCGGCCCCGUGGUCCUGGUGGUCGAUUCCUGACUGCUGAUGAAGUUGCCGCUAUGGAGAAGAAAGAGGGCGGAGAUGCUGUCCUCGACCUAGGAAAGGUUGAAAAUGGCUCUGCUCAGAAGCGCAAGUCAAGUGAGGUCAAUGAUGACCACUCGAGUUCAAAGAAGACCAAGACAAAUGCUAGCGCAGAAGCUAGUGAGCAAGACUCAGCCGAUGCAUCUGACGAGGAUGGUUGA